AUGAUUCUAUCCUCUUCACUCCUCGCGCCCAGCGUCAGUCUUCCACAGGCACUCUUUACACCAUGGGAUUUUUUGGCCUUCCCGAAGAAAAUAUGCGCAACAAGAGAAGCACGUAAGUCCUAUCUCUACUACGCUGAGCGUCGGAAGCUGCACCUCGAAAGCGGACCAACACUGCCCGAGUAUGCAUCUAACAUAAACAUCUCAGCGGCCUCGGUCAGGGGAAAAUGGAGUCGACACCCUCUGCCCAAGCCCACAGCAGCAUCAGAUGACCUUCUGCAUUUUCUUGUCACCCACAUGGCUCAUUGCGACUCGGUGUUUGCCGAUGAGAAGCAACGACUAUAUGUCUUGGCUGAUCUCAAUUUAUUGAGCAUUUUCGCCUGCCGAGCAGUAUCAUUGUUUGACACAAGACAUACUGUUAACCUUCAAGCUGAUGGGCGCCCCCUCGAAACUUCUGGAUCCGAGAACCCUAUUAAUCAUAUGGAAUUUGAGAGCUCGGUUAACAAGUCGGAGGACGAGGCACCCUCGGGGGUUUCUAGCCAUGAAACGGGUAAAAACACUGAGAUGAGCGAGCUAGAAGAAACCGAACUGGAUGACAUUUGCAGCUACCACUCUGAUCUGGAUACUGCGAGCGAUAUCGACUGCGAUUCAGACGUACAUAGCGUUACAGAUGACAGGUAUUUCGAGGGCGACGAAGAAACCAAUACUAUCCUUUGGAGACAUGUUGGAUUCUAUAUUGUCCGCAAUCCGACUCCCGGUGAACGCUAUAUUCUCGCCGCUAUCAUAACCCUGCUUUACACGAAAGGGGAGGAUCGAAAACCGAGAAUGAAGAGGGCGAUUGAACAUGAGGAAAACCUGAUAUUCGACCUAUUAAGUCAGCUGAUGGCGUUGGCUAUCGACGAUGACAUCUUCGCCGCGACGAUCAAGGACGUGACGGAUAUUUACACUGUGCCUAUCCCUGCACAUCGUAGAGGUAUUCAGAUGAAGAUAAAGAAAGAAAAAUUGGAUAUCCCGAUAUUUCGGGAGCCAGAGCAUACUGAUGACGGCUAUCGAACAUCUGAUAGUCAACCACUCAAGUCACGGACAUGGAGUCGCAUCCUGAAACGACUUAGAAUUCGGGCUGGACAGGCGCAUAACCUGACACAGAAAGUGCUUCGCCGGGGCGGAAUCAACGCGAUCAACAGCCAAGCCCCAUCGUCUGACUACGACGCAGUCAUGAACCACCCGCAGGCGAUACGCUACGUCGCCGAUUUCAUGCAACGAACAGGCCUCCUACAGCAGUUCCGAUUCGCCACCUUUAACGAGGAGGACGAGGAGGUCCCGGAACCCAGCACCCUCCUAGAGGGACUCGAUCUAAACGAGGAAGACGAUGGUUACACAGAACGCUAA